ACAAGAAAAGCGAAGGGCGCGCGCAGAGUCUUCGACGCGAACGCGACACCUACUCGGGCGCUCAUGCCAAGCGUUCACACGCGAUCUGCUUGUUGAGAAAGAGGAUCGUCGUGUCCGGCGUCCUGGCGUUUAUAAUGGCUGCCAGGAGAAGGAAAGAGGACGAGUACACACACGGGAAAUAAAACUCGACGUGCCCAGGUGAGGAAGAGGAUGGUGAGCAGUCAGGCCAAGUACGAGCUGAUUCAAGAGGUGGGCCGGGGCAGUUACGGUGUGGUGUACGAGGCAGCCGUACGGCAGACCGGCGCUCGUGUGGCUGUGAAGAAGAUCCGCUGUCACUCGCCGGAGAACGUGGAGCUGGCCCUGAGGGAGUUCUGGGCUCUGAGCAGCAUCCAGAGCCAGCAUCCCAACGUCAUCCACCUGGAGGAAUGUGUCUUUCAGAGAGACGCUCUCGCUCAGAGGAUGAGCCACGGCUCCAGCUCUUCACUCUAUCUGGAGCUGGUGGAGACCUCGCUGAAAGGUGAGAUUACGUUUGACCCCCGCUGCGCCUACUACCUAUGGUUCGUCAUGGAUUUCUGCGACGGUGGAGACAUGAACGCCUACCUGCUGUCGCGCAAACCCAGCCGCAAGACGAACACCAGCUUCAUGCUGCAGCUGGGCAGCGCUCUGGCCUUCCUGCACCGCAACCAGAUCAUCCACAGAGACCUCAAACCUGACAACAUUCUCAUCUCGCAAGGCCGCAACCCGGCCGGCUCCCCCGAACCCACGCUGAAGGUGGCCGACUUUGGCCUCAGCAAGGUCUGCUCGGCUUCGGGCCUGAACCCAGAGGAGCCGGCAAGCGUCAACAAGGGUUUCUUAUCCACCGCUUGUGGGACAGACUUCUACAUGGCCCCGGAGGUGUGGGAGGGCCACUACACUGCCAAGGUGGACAUUUUCGCUUUGGGCGUGAUCAUAUGGGCCAUGGUGGAACGGAUAACUUUUGUUGACGUGGAGACGCAGAAGGAGCUGUUGGGAAGCUACGUGCAGCAGGGUGAGGAUAUCGUGCCGUUGGGCGAGGCUCUGCUGGAAAACCCCAAGAUGGAGCUGCACAUCCCGGCGCGAAAGAAGAGCAUGAACGCUGGCAUGAAGCAGUUGAUUCGAGAGAUGCUGUCGGCCAAUCCGCAGGAGCGACCCGACGCCUUCGAGCUGGAGCUGAGGCUCGUUCGGAUCGCGUGCAGGGAACUCGACUGGGACACGUGAGAUGGAGAGAGACGGGGUGAACUUUAAUGUAUCUCCUGCCAUCUUGUUUGUGGUUAGAUAUGGGGUUUUGGGGCUGUCCUUAGUCUUUUCAUUAUUGUUUUAAAGGUUCAGUAGAAAAGUUUAAUUUCACCUGUUCAUAAGCACACAGUGACUGUCAUCUGAACAUCACAUGUUAGAAAGCCACAUUGAUCCAGAUCACACGUACAGGUCCACAGAACCUUUGUCUCAUUUUGUUCUCACUUCACUCCUGGUGCAAAAUCAGUUUCUAAUGCAAAGUGGAAAUACUGGCCUCUUUCACAGCCAACUCCAUAUUUACAUCAUCAGUUUUAACAGCUUUUCUACGACACGAUCAAUAUCUGUUUUUCUGCACUCUGCUCUCAAAAGGGCUUCAGGGAGCUGUAUUUGUAUCAGUCCAAUCGAAACCAAUGUUUUUUCGUCUUUUCUACAAAGUACUUGACAAGGCAAUAGUUUAUAGCUGAUAUCUCAAAAGUGGUGCGGUUAACUUUUCUUAAUGUGAAAACAAGAAACUUUAAAAGCAUGUUUAUCAGAGCCGUAAGGAAAUAACAUACUGCCAUUAUAGUUGCUUUCUAUUGGGGACAUCUGGCGCUAACAAAACCUGCGUGCACAUGUAAAAAAUGCAUAUUAGCAUUAGUUCUCUAGAUAGCUCUUGACUAAUGCAGUAUCAAAAUCUAACAGUGAUGCCCUGAGUUCACUUAAAUAUCUUAAUGCUGUUCAGGAUACAAGCUUCAUGACUUGAACUGCUUAUGUGUCAUUUUAUGAAACAGGUGUCUUUUUUACAUUUUUAAAACUUUAUUAAUGUCAUUUUCCUUAAAUUGGUAAAUGUUCAGUUUUUUGAAUAACGCAUUUAAUAAUUUGGCAUUUUGAUAGUGCUUUUGAUAUUGAAGUUUGGUUUUGACUUUAAUCCAUUUUAAAAAGUUUUGCAAAAUUUUUGUCUAAAGAAUUUUCGUCUGAAAUUUUGCAUGUUAAAAAAUAAAUACGACCUCACGUUGUGUCAAUCACAUUUAUCAAAUUUUCGUCCGUCAGUUUGUAUCCGUAGCAAGCAUUUUGAGAGGUGUUCUGACAAUUUAGAUCCACCGUACAAGCGAACGCCAAAAUCUAGGAUGACGUGAAUUGAUCUACUUCGUCUCGUAGCACAAAGCACUGCAUGAGAAACAAAGUGCGGCGUACAAACACAGAAUAUAAAGACAGAGUGUGGCAGAUGAUUGUGGAACAGCUUGGAAAACAGGAUGGGAUGUACCGAUUUCAAAACGUGGUGUACGAAAGAGACCCGUUAUCGCGUCUCUGGUCUCCGUCAGUCCUUUCGCAACCGUGUUCCGGGGGAUCCCCCUCUGUCGUCUCGCCAUCGCGUUCUGGGAGUCUCAUGGGAAAAAUAACAAAUGACGCACACGAAAAUUUCGGACUGAGUGUGCAAAGACUUUUCAGUAAAAUACUGUAUAAAUUAAUCAAAUAUGAUAUAAAGGCAACUUCAUAAAACAUUGAUAAAGAAAUGUAGCAUUUAAGCGCAACCUUUUAAACCAACCAGGAUUUUCAAAAACGCAAGAAAUCUAAAUUAAGGAAUUCAUAAUAAAUCGCCUGUUUGAGAGAAUGACCCCUACGCUCAAGCCGGCUGUCCUGAAGAGCUGCUCAAACACACACUUUGUAGACUUGACAAUACGUACGGCAAAACGUGACAAUGACCGAUCAUCCUCAGCUGAAUGCUUGAAACAGCCUGCCUUGAAUAAAAACACAAAACCUCAUAUAUUAGCAUGGAGAGAGAGACGCGUCCUCCUGAUGUACGUGACACACCUCUCAGCCUUCAGGGAGUGUGAAGGGAGAAAUGAAGGGAUAGAUGCACACGGCACACACAACCACAAGCCUCUGUGACAGCAGCACGCUGAAUUUCAGCUCCGCUACACUGUGUCGUUUUUGCAAGAAAUCACCGAAACGGUGAAUGUUACUGGUAAUCCUUUCAGCCACGCUCAUGACAGACCAGUGCUAAACCUGUUAGCUUAGGUAGAGAGGGAGUCUCUCGCAUUAUAAACAACAUUCAGGUGGAGGUUUUGUAUGAUUUUACAGGCAGUUGAGACACGGACGCUUAUGUGCCGGAGUUCUUCUGUUCUUAUCUGUGAUAAACGGAUGCUUUAGUAUUUAACAGGAAACUCUGCAUCUGUCUGUCUUUUAACCCGAAAACCAGAACCAGCAAACAUUGUUUUGGGAGCAAUGACUUAAAUCUCUUUCAUUUUUCUUUUGUGGAAGCGCCUGUGGAAUUAUCCCAUAAUCCAUGUUAUCGCAACAAUACAGGGUGAAAGGAUAAUUAUUCUCAGCACCACCACUCCCAGAUCAGUUUGAUCUGCCUUUAUGUUGAGAUUAACAUCAUUUAUACCUUGUUUUCUAAAUCCUGUUGCUCUUGCCAGCACUUGGUUUUCUCAACAACAGGUCUGAGCAAACACUGCUUGUGUGAUGCAGAAGUGUUUGUCAAAGUUGAUAAAUUUACUCACGAAGGCCUGUGAGGCCGACAUGCAGAUGAUUGCCACUGGAUAGAAUGCAAGAUCAUCCAAUAAAAACACUGAAGAUGAGUGAUGUCAUGGUCACACCAGACGUUUCGAUCUUUUGACUUUCAGUCAUGGGAUGUCACUCAGCACGACUUUCAUUACACAGACCGCGUGUGUAUGUACAUUUAUAUAUUUAUAACCUGAUAUAAAAAGAAGUCGUACAUAGUUUAGGAGGUUGCUAACCAACAUCUUACCUCACCCCAAACCCUAAAAUCACAUCCGCAAAGACGAAUUUAGCUAAAAGCACGAGUUUCACGAGGUGGCAAAGCAAUGAUUAAUGGCGUCCCUAAACCUCAUAUCAGCACACAUACAUCUGGCUCACGUCUAUUUGAUGUCUGCAUUUACAUCUGCAAGACACCUGCAAUACGUAGUUUGCUCAUCUGCAAUACGUCUCGGAGACGUCUGGUGUCAGACGCUCGACCUGAUUUUGCUAAGUGGUUGAUGUCCUCAGGACAACAUUUUUAUCAAUAAAACCUAAACCCACACCAAACCCUAACCAUAACUUACCCCUCAAAUCAGAGGGAAAUGAUAAGUGAAAAACAAUGGUCUAGAUGCCUCUAAUCCUGGUUGGAAGAUUAAACUUAAAAUAAAUUGUAAACUUAUUUCUGAAACCUGAUUGGUUGAUUUAAAUGUUGUUUAGACAUCUAUAAGAUGUCUGUAAGACGCGAGCUCAUGUGAAGAUGUUUUGUAUUUCGGCAUGUUCAAGUCUGUUCAACUCUGACUAGUGAAUUCGAAUCACAUGUAGCUGUGUGACCAAUAGAAGAUCGGUACGUCAGCAAAAACUAAAUCUGGCACAAGAGAAGGCAAAAUUGAGCAGUACAUGAAUACACGCAUGCACGCACGCACGCACACACACACACACACACACAGCGAUUAUUUACACACUCAAUGGAAACCUUGCCUUCAGCAGCAAAGGUGUUGAAAAGUUUGAAAAGCGUGUAAAUCUGAAAAUCUGACUUAAAGACAACAGCACACGGGUGAAAAACAUUUCACAGAUGAUGUAUCUAAAGUAAAGUCUUCUCUCUUUGUUUCUCCAUAAUAAAAUGAAAUGCUAAUUGAACAAUAAUUCGCUGAAUCUGACUGGAGGCUAUUUCUCUUUGCUUGUCUGUAGUGUACAUGAGAAUUGAAGCGCACAGAGGAUUUAUCGUGUGUGCUGUUUGAACGACGGGUGAUUUUGUAUGGUGGACUGGACUGUUGUUAUGUAGCGUGCUGACAUUCUGUGUGUUUCUGGAUGUCCGUGUUCAGGAUCUUUUGAUCUAUGAAGUGUGUUGAAUUUGGGAGCACAGCUGUAUUUCAGUAUUGGUGUUUGACAGAAGCACUGCUCAUCAGCUCCACAUCAUCUACUGCAACACACUGUGACUUUUUUCUUUGACAUUUUGUGUUGUUGUCAAGUCCUUUUGAGAUGAACUCAUGAGCGGUGAGUGUGUAAUUUAUUGUUGGGAUUGACUUUACUAAUAAAACUUGCACUUGAAUCAUGUUUUCUAUUAAAGCAUUUUUAUUACAUUUCUU